CAGACCGCGCACAAUGGGCCAUGGAGUUCCCGUUCGAUGUGGACGCGCUGUUCCCGGAGCGGAUCACGGUGCUGGACCAGCACCUGAGGCCCCCAGCCCGCCGACCCGGAACCACAACGCCGGCCCGUGUUGAUCUACAGCAGCAAAUUAUGACCAUUAUAGAUGAACUGGGCAAGGCUUCUGCCAAGGCCCAGAAUCUUUCCGCUCCCAUCACUAGUGCAUCAAGGAUGCAGAGUAACCGCCAUGUUGUUUAUAUUCUCAAAGACAGUUCAGCCCGACCGGCCGGAAAAGGAGCCAUUAUUGGUUUCAUCAAAGUUGGAUACAAGAAGCUCUUUGUACUGGAUGAUCGUGAGGCUCAUAAUGAGGUAGAACCACUUUGCAUCCUGGACUUUUACAUCCAUGAGUCUGUGCAACGCCAUGGCCAUGGGCGAGAACUCUUCCAGUAUAUGUUGCAGAAGGAGCGAGUGGAACCACACCAACUGGCGAUUGACCGACCCUCACAGAAGCUGCUGAAAUUUCUGAAUAAGCACUACAAUCUGGAGACCACAGUCCCACAGGUGAACAACUUUGUGAUCUUUGAAGGCUUCUUUGCCCAUCAACAUCGGCCCCCUGCUCCCUCUCUGAGGGCAACUCGACACUCUCGUGCUGCUGCAGUCGAUCCCACGCCCGCUGCUCCAGCAAGGAAGCUGCCACCCAAGAGAGCAGAGGGAGACAUCAAGCCAUACUCCUCCAGUGACCGAGAAUUUCUGAAGGUAGCUGUGGAGCCUCCUUGGCCCCUAAACAGGGCCCCUCGCCGCGCCACACCUCCAGCCCACCCACCCCCCCGCUCCAGCAGCCUGGGAAACUCACCAGAACGAGGUCCCCUCCGCCCCUUUGUGCCAGAGCAGGAGCUGCUGCGUUCCUUGCGCCUCUGCCCCCCACACCCUACCGCCCGCCUUCUGCUGGCUGCUGACCCUGGGGGCAGCCCAGCCCAACGUCGUCGCACCAGCUCCCUUCCCCGCUCUGAGGAGAGUCGAUACUGACAGCUACCCUCUCCCUUCCCUGGGAGACCUGGGGUGGGCAGAGACCCCCUCCCUGAGAACCUCAGACCAACUCUUCCACUGCAUCCUGUAGGACCCAGUGGAACCUGACAGAGCCCAUAGGAUUCCCUCUUCUACUUUCUUAGACAGCAGGGAUGUCAGGGUCUCAAAUUGCCUAACACUUUGUAGCUUUUCUUACCACAAAAACACCCCUUCUCUCCUAACUUGGGCUCUGAGGAUACUUUCCCCACAGACAGCCUGAUCUGUUGCCAGACUUCUUGGUUAGAUGGCUCAUACAUUUAUCUAGAGAAGCACACACUCUUGCUUGCUGUCAAACUUUAGAACACCAUGGAAGGUCUAAGGGCGUCCUGUGCCAGGGAAACUUUUUAAGGAAUUUUAUCUAUGGGAUAAACCCCAUAUUCCCUCUAGUGUCUACUGGUGGCUCUAAUACUGCUUUGUGCUGCCUGCCACACUUGCCCUUUGAGCCUGCGAAUGGCCACCAGUGAGCAAGCUCUGCUUCAGAGCAGUCUAGUUAGGUAGAACAGGGACUUACCAGCUUCCCAAAGGGAUCUACUCAACAUUGCCAAACUCUUCAUUUCCACAUUUUGUGUAGGUGUCAGAGAACCCCAAACUGGUGUUGCUUUGGGGUCUCUAAAGGAGACUGGCUGACACCACCAUUUCCCCCAGAUCCAGAUUCUCUGAGGGAGGUUGUUUCUUGAGAGUAGAUCCAGAGUCUCAAGGAUCUGUUAGAUCCUGGAAUCCCCUCUUGCAUCCAUCCCUCCCUGGUAGCUAGAUGCCGAUAUAUUCCUGUCUUGUGAGAUUGUCGAGAUGAGAUGGGGGACCACUCUUCCUCUGUCCUUCCUCUCUCCUUUCCUCCAUAGCAAGGACAACCUUCCCUGCUCCAUGCCCACAGUAUAGCUAGAUUCCUUCCCCUCCCUACCCUCUGAAUGUGUGCUAGAUCAGGUGCCCCACUGUGUUUCCUGAAAUCCUUGGGAGCCGGAUCUCCCCCUCUCCCCUACUCACUCUUCCCUUUUCUUCUCCCUCUCAGUGUUGUCUGAAUAAAGUGUGAAUUGUGUUUUCUAAAUUGAGAUUUUCAAUGAAAAAAAGAAUCGCACACAAAAAAAGUUGUCAGCCUCAUUUGUGCGUCAUCCCUUUUUUUCCUGGGAUCUCAGGACCUCUGUCCCUCUGAUUUCUCACUUCUGAGAUCUGCACAUCUUUUACCCAGGAGCCUCAGAGCUCCCGGGUCUGGUGGUCUGCCUAUCCCCAUCUUCACUGUUAGUCCUCCUGCAGAUUCUGUGUCUCCUUUCCUGUAGGUGCUGGAUCCGUGUGUGUGGGCUUCUGUAUCUACUCCCUCAUUCCCCUCCAGGAACCUCCAGCUCUCCCCAGUGACUUCUACCCUUUACUCUGGGCCUGCCUUUGCCAAGAUGUCAAAGCUUACCAACAUCUCUGGAUCCACUAAUUACCUCCUGCCUCCUGUAUUCCUCUUCCCACUCUGAUUACCUGACGUCUGCUCCACUAAACCGCUGGAUCUCUCUCAAGACAAACCCUUACCUCCAUUCAGAGUGCAACACAGUCUGUCACCCUAUUUACAGAGGCCCCCUUCCUUUUCCUCCUAAAUUCAAAAUUCAGCCUUGUCACUUCCUAUUUCCCUCUGGUCUAAGGAAUCUUUUUUUUUUUUGAGAUGGAGUCUUGCUGUGUCGCCAGGCUGGAGUGCAGUGGCACAAUCUCGGCUCACUGCAACCUCCGCCUCCUGGGUUCAAGCGAUUCUCCUGCCUUAGCCUCCCGAGUAGCUGGGAUUACAGAAGUGCACCACCAGCUAGUUUUUGUAUUUUUAGUAGAGACAGGGUUUCACCAUGCUGGCCAGGAUGGUCUUGAUCUCCUGAUCACGUGAUCCGCCCGCCUUGGCCUCCCAAAGUGCUGGGAUUACAAGCAUGAGCCACCGCGCCUAGCCUGGUCUAAGGAAUCUUAUACUUAAGGUAACCCUGUUUUCCAAACCAAACACCAGAGUACCUGAUCCAACACAUUUUUGAUCACAUGUGAGUCUGUUCUUAUGAUUUGGAUCAUACCUAGCCAUAGAUUUAACACAUUACCUCAACUGGAAAGAAUAGAGCAAUAAAUCAGAAGCACUCCAGAAAAUCUUGGGUAUAAAAUGAACUUCCCCCACCCUUUUCUAGGGCACAGCUUUGAUUAAAGCCCGUUAGGAAUGAUAAUUACCCCCUUCUCUUUGUUCCUGUGCUAUUCGUUUUACUCCUCUCCUCUGAUUCCUCCAUACUCACCCAUCUUUCAUCCAGUAGCCUCCUCCCCAUCAUCUCCCAUUUCUUCUACAGGGGGACUCCCCCAGGUCUGGUAGCCCAAAGCUGCUGCUACAGCCGCCAUGGGGGGGUGAAUUCCUCAUCCCCCAAUACAGGUAAGUAUUCACUCCUCCCUACCCUCAUAUCAAGUAGGCCACAUUCACUAUCUACUCCUGCCUUCCCAUUCACAUGCCUGAUAUUUCCACAGGCAACCAAGACUCCAAGCAGGGAGAACAGGAAACAAAGAAUAGGUGAGGUCUAAACCCCUCCCCUAACAGCCUCCCACCACCACCUGACUCCCUUCCUAACACCGCGCUCAGCCACUUCCUACUCUUAAAUCUUAUUGUAUGAACUGGACACCAGCUCCUCCCACAAUUCCUUCUACCUUACAUCCUGCAAGCCCCUUUCCCCCACAGGUUCAACUCUGGUACUUCCCUUUGGAAUAUGGGUUCUCUGAGAGGUUUUAAAUUUGGACAUAGCACUAAUGGUUCCAGCCUCAUACCCAUCAUUUGUCCUACAUUAAAACCUGGCCCGAGACCUUGAAGAGUCUGUAAUCUUAAUUUCCUCUUUAGUAUUCCUAUAACCCACUCUCCAUCUCCCCACCUACCAGGUCUGCCAGUGAGGAGCAGGCCUUGUCACAGGAUGGGUCUGGGGAGAAGCCCAUGCACACAGCUCCUCCACAGGCCCCGGCCCCGGCCCCGGCCCCACUAGCCCAGUCCUGGACAGUGGGUGGGGACAUACUCAACGCCAGGUUCAUUCGAAACCUGCAGGAACGUCGCAGCACCAGGCCUUGGUGACCGCAGCCCCGUCUCACAUCUUCAAAGUAUUACUUCUCCCUCACUACAGGAAAGAGCCAAAGCCCAACCCUCAUAAUAGAUGGAUACAUUCAUUCAUUCAUUCGUUCAGCAGGCUUAUCAGAUUCAAGUCAUUUGUAUCUUUUAACCAGACCAAUAAAAGUAUUUAUUUUUAUCAUAA